GUUCUAAGAAUGUCAUCAGGCAUCCAAAUAAAACCAAAGACUGCAAUACAGAAAAGCAAGGCAUCUUCUCCUUUGCCAUGUUCUUCAGAACCCGCAAUUAAACCACUGCCAAAGCCUAGUGACAAGCUGAAUCCUAAAACUUUUGAUCCAUUUGGUCAUUCUCGAGCACCUUCUGCAUUCGCUGCUAUAUAUGCUAAAGGUGGCAUUCCAUGCAGGUUAGUGCAUGGCUCAGUAAAACACAGACUGCAAUGGGAAUGCCUUCCUGAAACUGUUCCCUUUGAUCCUCUUCUCAUAACCUUGGCAGAGGGUCUAAGAGAGACAAAACAUCCCUAUACAUUUGUUUCAAAGGAGGGUUUUAAAGAAUUACUUAUGGUUGAAGGUGCUACUGAAAAAGCAAUUCCCUUGUUGCCUCGUCUAGUUCCAGUGUUAAAGGCUGCAUUGGCCCAUUUGGAUGAUGAAGUAUUUGAAAGGGGAUUGGAUGCUUUACUUCAACUGAGUGCUAUUGUUGGCCCAUCUCUUAAUGAUCAUCUUAAGCAUCUACUCACAAAUCUUUCAAGGAGAUUAAUGGACAAGAACUUUAGAGAAAAAAUUACUGUCACAUUACAAAAGUUGGAGCAGUAUGGUGGAAAGGCAACUGUGGCUAUCAUCAAAUCUAAAAUUCCAACCUAUUGUUCUGUCUCCUCCUGA